AUGGGGACUCGAGCUAAGACGAAGAAAGUGAAAGAUGCUGGGGAGGCAAGGCAAGAUGUCCUCAGGAAAGUGGCUGCGUCUAAGGAGCUGAGCUUUGCAGAGAAGGGCAAGCUGUACCACUGGGACCGACCAGUAUGCCAGGGCGACCGUGUCAAUUCGAAAGACUCCCCCAACUGCCUCUGUGCUCUGAUACCCCCCCCAAACGGCGUGCGUAAGCAGGGGCUCUGGUGCAAGACCCCCGAAGCCGUCUCCGCUCUGGGCGAAGACCCCACGUUCCGAAAACGGGUCUCCCACGAUGACCCGAUCGGGUUAACCAACCUUGGCGCGACGUGCUACGUGAACGCGAUCCUGCAGUGCCUGUACAUGAACGCCGACUUUAGAAAGGGGUUGUUUUGCACCGAGGAGCAGCUGCUGGAGGGCAACCCGGUUCUAAGGCAGCUCUGCCGGCUGUUCGUGAAGCUGCAACUAUCGAACGAGGACCCUGUCGAUCCGGCGGUGUUUGCGAAGACGCUCCAGUUGGACAACGGCGUGCAACAGGACGGCCAGGAGUUUAUGAAGCUGCUGCUGACGCUGCUAGAGAAGCUGCUGGAGCAGUCUGCGCAGCCGGACGUCCGAAACCUUGUCCAAGGACUUUUUCGGGGGACCUUCUCGUACGUCACCAGGUGUUCGGUCUGCGGCAACGAGUCCGAUUCGUCCAAGAACCUGGUCGACUUCUAUGAACUCGAGGUUAACGUAAAAGGAUUUGAGGGUUUAGCGACCAGCCUAGACGACUAUCUAGGGGAGGAGCUUCUCGAGGGCGACAACCAGUACAUGUGCGAGCGCUGCAACGCGCGCGUGGACGCUACACGGAGCGUGAAGCUUCGGUCGCUGCCCCCGCUGCUCAACUUUCAGCUCAAGCGCUUUGUGUUCAACAACAAGACCGCCACAAAGAAGAAGGUCACCUCGCGCUUCAGCUUCCCGAUCUCGAUUGACCUCCACUCUCGGCUUACUCCGGAGCCUCAGGCCCCUUCCUCCUCAGAACCAGAGUGGGUCGCUGACGGAAGCAGCGAGGGGCUCUACGAUCUAGCCGCCAUCCUAGUUCACAAGGGCGCAAUGGCCACGAGCGGCCACUACAUUGCGCACGUCAAGGACGAGCGCACCGGGGACUGGUGGCAGUUCGAUGACGAACUGGUGACGUCACUCGGGGCGCACCCGCUGGGAGAAGCUGCAGCAAAUGCGAGCGCGAAAGCGGCGAAAGAGGCGAAAGAGAACGGCCAAAAACCGGAAGAGAAAGAGGGAGGUGGGGAGAACGAGAAGGAUGCGAAGGGGGAGGAGAGUGUCGGGCCGUCGAAGGCGGAGGGUGUAGCUGCAGCGGAGGUGCUGGAUCCGAACCUGCUGACGUCAGCGGAUUCGUACAUGCUGAUGUAUCGGCGGAGGGACGCACGCCAGGUGGCAAUCAUGCAGAGGCAGGAGGAGCGGCGGCGGCGGAAAGCGGAGGCGGACGCGAAGAAACUAGAGGAGGAGAGAAUUCGAGCGGAUGCGGCGGGGAAGGAAACCAAGCGCAAGAGCGAGGGCGAGGGCCGCGAGAAGGUGCCGAAGCGCGCGAGGACGGGGAAGGCUGCGAAAGACGAGGUUGCCGGGACGAGCGCGGAAAAGGCGAUUUCAUUGGAUUCGCCAGCGCAAGGGUCGAGAGAGGGCGUCCAUACGAACGGGGUAGGGGAAGCGGGGAAUGGCGGGAAAUCGCAGAACGGGGUCCACGGUUCGGAACUUUUGGACGAGGUUGAGACGAUCGAAGCUCCGGAGGCGUUGGUGCGGGAAGUGGAAAACGACAACGUGGCGUUUGACGCGGCAAUCGAGGCAUACAAGUCGGAACGGGAACGGAUCGAAGCGGAGGUGAAUCAGCGUCGGCGCGAGGUACGGGAGAUCUUGGCGGAAGCCGCGGCGGACCCGAAAGAAUACGACUUCCGGUGGAUCAGCACGGAAUGGCUCCGGUCCUGGGCCGACAAUAAGGACCCCCCCGGGCCGAUCGACAACACGCCGCUGCUGUGCGAGCACGAGGGCGUUCCGCCCCGGAGCGUUCCGCUCAUGAAACGGAUCAACAAAGUGACCUGGGCGGAACUGGACGAGCGGUACGGGGGCGGACCGGAGCUGACCGGCGAGGAGUGCUGCGUCGAGUGUAUACGGCAGGACGCGAGCGCGGCGCAGUCGGCGGACAGUUUCCGGACGCGACGGACGCUGAUGCGGGAACGGCUGGAGCAGGAGCUGGCGCUCGGGGCCCCGGGGACGCACUACGUGUCCAAGCAGUGGCUGGCGCAAUGGCAACGGCGGCGAUUGGUUGACGCCCCCUCAGACGCCGACAAGGGCCCUACCGCUGCGCUGCGGUGCAAGCACGAGAUGCUGAAGCCGGAGUUUGCGCCAGGAGCCAAGCGGCAAUUAGUGUCGGGGGAAUUUUGGGACUACGUUCAGGAGGUGGCGGAAGAAGUGGCCGGCACGAACGACCCGGGGCACUGGGAGAUGACGGUGAACACGCUGGAGUGUGCCACGUGUAGCGUGGAACUGGGCGAAGAAAUGUCCAACCGGGAAGGGCUCAAGAGCGGCAAGCUUGCAGAGAAAGCGGCGCUCGAAGCCCUCUUCGCCGGGCGGCCGUUGCCCCUCACCGAGAGUGUGAAUGCGUUCCUGGUGCCCUCCAAAUGGCUGGACAGCUGGCGCGACUACUUGGGGGCGACCGGCAAAACUCUGGACGUGAUUGGAGAGCCGCCCCCUUUGGACGAAGCACUGGCGGCGGUGUUCUGCAAGCACGGGGAAUUGGCGGUGCGCCCGCCGGAGCUGGUGCAGCGGAAGAACGACCUGGUUCAGGAACAAAAGGACUCCGCUCUGACCGUGGUGUCAGAGAACGACUGGCGACAGCUCCAGCAACGGUGGCACUCCUCCAGGGAGAUCACUGCGGUUGUGGGGCCUCCUGAACCAAAGUCGGAAGUGCCGAAAGAAUCAGAUACGAAAGAGGCUGCCAAGCCGGCUUGUGUGCCCCGGUUGAAGACGGUACCAGAGGUGUGCGAGGCCUGCUACAAGGAGCGCCUGGACCAGGAACUCGCAGAGCGCCUCUCGUACCGACAACAGGAGAUCAUCGUCGAACUGUUCCCCGGUCCCGACCCCCCUGCUCACGUCACCGGCGCAGGCGGCGAGGGCGAGCGGCGGUCUCGGCGCGUGCGGAAGGUUUCCGCCGUCAGAGGGGGGAGGAUGACCGUCAAAGUGAAUGCAGACACGACGGUGAAGGACCUCAAGAUGACCAUAUGGGAGAGGAUGGAGGUUGACUCCCAGAACCAGCGGCUAGGUUUCCUGAAAAGUGAGCUGGACGAGGAUGAUAAGAUCUUGGCGGAUUACGGGAUCGUUGCUAACUCCCGCCUCUGGCUCAUCAACACGGGCGAGCAUGACAACCGGGAUAUCGUUGAGUGUUUCGAACCUGCGGAGGAGGCGGGCAAGAUGGAGAACGGAUUUCGGGGCACGGGCCUAUGGGGGGGCGCCACGUCAGACUACUCCGCCGGCGAGGGCGUCCAAGAUACGGACAUGAAAGAUGCGGACGGCUCCGGUUCUGCGGACGGCGAUGGAUCUUCCGAAGCUCGGCAACUUCCGGACAAGGCCGCAGAUGACGUCAUGGGCACUGUUUCGGAAGGGGAAGCUUCAGGCAGAUGGAGCUGUGAGAGGUGCACUCUGGAGAACAGCCCGGGGAGAAAGAUGUGCUCGGUCUGCAACGCAGAUAGAAGCUGAUUGACGCGGUUGAGGCGUUUGAGUAGUAGGGACUGCCUAGCACUCCUAUGCGGAAGUCGUAUUGUCUUGAAGAUUGAGGGUACUGUGGACAAGUGGACGAUAAUCC